AUGCCUCAUCCAUCAUCGGGACGAUUUCCAACUUACAUCCCAUGGCAUCCUGGAUUCUGCGUUGCUCGAACCGAUGAGCGCUCGCUGAUAUGCUAUCGUAACGAACAGGCCGCAAAUCGGGUAGGUAGAUAUCUGCCUAAAACUCGACUGGAUGGCGGCUUCAGAAACUUUUGGAAACAUUGGCGAACUAAUGGCUCGCAACUUCAUCCCCUUAUGGACGGCGAAUCACAUAAUGAAGCCUGCUUUGGUGUUUUUACGGAUCUAUCAACCUAUCCAACAAUGCGAGGGUUAACCUAUGUGCUGAAAGAAGAAUCAAUUGAUGAUCUGAUUACAGACAGUUUGCCGAUGAUUCCACGAACGAUACGGUGCUCAACAGUUCGACCAUUACCGAAAAAACAUCGAAGAAAUGGUUCAGAAAUUGGUUACAAAUGUUAA